AUGCCGUCGGCGUGAGCGUGAUUAACGAAACAAACAGCCAUUCUGCUCGCUGGCGACUGGCGUGACGAUUUGUAUACAAAUUCCCAUCCUUCCCUUUCGUUUUUCCGCUGUAAGAAUCCCUUCCCAAUCUUCCACCACCGGUUCUUCAAGCACGAAUUCUCCCGGUCUGUCCUAAUUCCGGCACUAGGGCUACUUUUAACAUCACUGGGUUUAAUUACUUCGUCGGUGGUGAGAGCACCGACAAUGAAGAGAGUGAAGUUGGAAACUAUGCUGCCGCUGAGUCGGGUCCGGCUGAUUCAGACCUUGAUGGCUGCUUUUUUCCUCUACCUUCUCUUCGUUACUCUCGAGAUCCCUCUGGUUUUCAGAACAGGGUCGGUGGAAGUUUAUGGGUCAGCUAACGGUGACGGGUCUACCGGUGAAGCCCUGCCCAGGUCGUGGGUCUUCGAGCGUGACGAACGGCAGUUGUUUGAGCGAGCAGAAGAAGCAGAAAGCAAAAUCAGCGGCGGCGGCGGCGAAGAUCGAGGCGGCAGUCCUUCCGGAGAAUCUUCGGAUUCUCGAGUGGGUUUCCGCCGGAGCCCCGCGCGGAGAAUGAGGGAGACUAGUAAGCGAAUCUCCGGGUUGUUCUUCAACGAGACGGUGUUCGAUGUUGUGACUUCGCUCGACGAAUUCUCUGCACUUUACAAGACGGCGAAACAGGCGUGGUUAUCGGGGAAGAAGCUUUGGGAGGAGUUGGAAUCGGACAAGCUUCAACCCGAUCCGAUCAGGACCGACGAGAAGAAUUCCACUGAGCAGCAGUGCCCGAAUUCGAUCACUCUGACUGGACCAGAAUUCUUGUCCCGUAAAAGGAUCCUGGAGCUGCCCUGCGGGCUGACUCUGGGUUCGCAUAUAACCGUUGUGGGGAAGCCGAGGUGGGGUCACAGGGAAAGAGACCCGAAGAUAGCUCUGCUGAGGGAAGGUGAACAAGAAUUGAUGGUUUCCCAGUUCAUGAUGGAGCUGCUGGGAUUGAAGACCGUCGAUAACGAAGAACCGCCGAGGAUUUUGCAUGUCAACCCGAGGUUGAAGGGUGAUUGGAGUGGGAAGCCUGUGAUUGAGCAGAACACUUGUUACAGAAUGCAGUGGGGGCAUGCUCAGAGAUGCGAGGGCUGGAAUUCUAGAGCUGAUGAGGAAACAGUUGAUGGGCAGGUGAAGUGUGAGAAAUGGCUGCGGGAUGAUGAUGGAACUACGGAGGAUUCAAAGACAGUAUGGUGGUUGAACAGACUGAUAGGGAGGACAAAGAAGAUUUCAUACAAUUGGCCGUUCCCUUUUGCAGAAGGCAAGUUGUUCGUUCUCACAUUGACUGCUGGCUUAGAAGGUUACCACAUAAAUGUUGAUGGCAGGCAUAUCACGUCAUUUCCUUAUCGGAUUGGGUUUGUUCUUGAGGAUGCUACUGGGUUUUAUUUGAACGGUGAUGUCGAUGUUGAUGCUGUAAUUGCUGCAUCAUUGCCUAGUUCACAUCCAAACUUUGCUCCGCAACAGCAUCUCGAGAUGUUUAAGAAAUGGCAAGCACCCUCACUUCCAGUUGUUCUUGGCCAAGUUGAGCUUUUUAUUGGCAUCCUCUCUGCUGGAAAUCAUUUUUCCGAACGGAUGGCUAUAAGGAAAACAUGGAUGCAACAUAACUUGAUCAAAUCUUCAAAUGUUGUUGCUCGAUUCUUCGUUGCACUGACUGGGAGAAAAGAAAUAAAUGCACAGCUAAAGAAGGAAGCAGAGUAUUUUGGUGAUAUUGUUAUAGUUCCCUACAUGGACAACUAUGAUCUUGUAGUGCUAAAGACUGUUGCAAUUUGUGAAUAUGGGGUUCAGAAUCUUGCUGCAAAAUUUAUUAUGAAAUGUGAUGACGACACAUUUGUUAGAGUGGAUGCCGUAAUGAAGGAGGCGAAGAAAGUGGUUGGAAACAAAAGCUUGUAUGUUGGGAACAUCAACUACUAUCACAAGCCCUUGCGAGAUGGUAAAUGGGCAGUGACUUACAAGGAGUGGCCAGAGGAAGUGUAUCCUCCCUAUGCUAAUGGUCCAGGUUACAUUGUGUCAUCCGACAUCGCAGAGUUUGUAGUAUCAGAAUUUGAACAACACAAGCUAAGACUAUUUAAGAUGGAAGAUGUGAGCAUGGGAAUGUGGGUGGAAAAGUUCAACAGCUCAAAACCUGUGGAAUAUGUGCACAGCUUGAAGUUCUGCCAGUUUGGGUGCAUCGAUGAUUAUUACACAUCUCAUUACCAGUCUCCAAGACAGAUGAUUUGCCUAUGGGAGAAGUUACAUCAAGGAAAAGCCCAAUGCUGCAACUGGAGAUGACAAAUAAGAUGACUACCGCCGAUGGGGUUAACCGUAAACCGCAACUAGUUGGUAAAGAACAAGAAGGAAAAACAAGUUUUGUAGUCCUAGCAGGACCUUUGUACAUAUUCAAGGGGAGAUAUAUAGCAUUCUGAGCUCAAUUCAUUAUAGUUUUUGUUCCCUGUCAGUCAUUCUUCAAGCUUAGUUCAGUUCAGCUUUCUCUCUCCCCCUAAUUCAGUCUUGCCUGUAGCUUAUGUGGAGGACAACAGUAAAGGGAGAAGAUAGACAAGUCACAGAACACCUGCCUUUUCCUCUUGUAUUCCGGGGAGACGAAACUGAAAUGCAAUAUCAGAAUGGACUGAACUUUUGCCAUUUUUGGCUCAUACAUGAUCUCCAUUAUUGAACCUCAUAUGUGCCCUCCAUUAUUAAACUUUUAGUUUGUUGAGUACUUGAAAUUCCAGAAGUUGCUACAAAGUGGAGAUUCCAAAGCUUGUUAGCUGAAAGGUGGAAGCAAUAAAGCCAGCUUUAAAUU